AUGGUGUUUGUGAAGCCUUCCAAGUCGAAUGCCUACUUCAAGAGGUACCAAGUCAAGUUCAGGAGAAGAAGAGAUGGUAAGACUGACUACAGAGCCAGAAUCCGUCUCAUCAACCAGGACAAGAACAAGUACAACACCCCCAAGUACCGUUUCGUUGUCCGUUUCACCAACAAGGACAUUGUUGCGCAAAUCGUCUCUGCAAGCAUAGCUGGCGACAUUGUCAAGGCCUCUGCUUAUGCACAUGAGCUCCCUCACUACGGACUCAAUGUUGGUCUUACAAACUACGCUGCAGCUUACUGUACUGGUCUUCUAUUGGCUCGCCGUGUUCUGAAAAUGUUGGAAUUGGACGCCGAGUAUGAAGGCAACCUAGAGGCCACUGGAGAGGACUACUCCGUUGAACCAACUGAUUCAAGGAGGCCUUUCCGUGCUCUUCUUGAUGUUGGACUUAUCAGGACCACAACCGGAAACCGUGUGUUCGGAGCUCUCAAGGGUGCUUUGGACGGAGGACUUGACAUCCCUCACAGUGACAAGAGGUUCGCUGGUUUUAACAAGGAGAACAAGUCGCUCGAUGCUGAAGUUCACAGGAACUACAUCUUCGGAGGCCAUGUCUCAAACUACAUGAAGCUGUUGACGGAAGACGAGCCAGAGAAGUUCAACACUCACUUUAGCCAGUACGUGAAGAGUGGUGUUGAUGCUGAGAACAUCGAGGAGCUCUACAAGAAGGUUCACGCUGCUAUCCGCGCUGACCCCAACCCAAAGAAGACCGUGAAGGCUGCUCCCAAGGCACACAAGAGGUACAACUUGAAGAAGUUGACCUAUGAAGAGAGGAAGAACAAGUUGAUUGAGAGAGUUAAGGCUUUGAACGGAGCAGGUGGUGCUGAUGAUGAUGAUGAGGAUGACGAAGAGUAA